GGCGAAGACCGUUAGUUGUUAAAAUUGGGAAACAAAUGAGAAGAAAAAACCAAGUACCGAACAGGCAAACAUGCCAUUGCUACCCUACCCUUGAAACUUGAAAACAGUAGUUACAAUCAAGCAAUCCCUUCUCUCUCUCUCUCUUUCAGCUUCUGAAGGAUUCAUCAAACUCGCCACCUAAUCCGCUCUUCUUCAUUAAUAUACCCUUCCAAGAACCAGUCUUUGUUUACUUUUUCUUGUUCUCAAUACAUCAAUCUUUCUUCAUUUGUUUCUUUUCUCUUUUUUUGUUCGAGAAGAUUUUACAUUACACGUUCAAAAGAAGGAAAGAAUAUCCAAAAAAGAGAUUAAAGAUGGAUGAAAUGACAGCCACAUCAGGGACUUUGAUUCAGAAUACUUCAACAUCAUUAUCUUCAUCUAUGUCUUCUUCCUCCAUUUUUACAAACUACCCUCUCAUUUGUGCUGUUUUUGCCUUCGCUAUUGCCCAAUCUAUCAAGUUCUUCACCUCCUGGUAUAAGGAAAGAAGAUGGGAUAUCAAGCAACUUGUGGGCUCUGGUGGGAUGCCUUCAUCCCAUUCUGCAACGGUCGCUGCUCUUGCUACAGCUGUCGGAUUCCAAGAAGGCUUUGGAGGAGCACUAUUUGCAAUUGCAUUGACCUUAGCAUGCAUUGUAAUGUAUGAUGCAACUGGUGUGAGAUUGCAGGCUGGACGGCAGGCAGAGGUCCUGAAUCAAAUUGUUUAUGAAUUGCCUGCUGAACAUCCUCUGGCUGAGAGCAGACCCUUAAGGGAACUUCUUGGUCACACCCCUCCACAGGUUAUUGCUGGCGGUUUUCUUGGCAUUGUUACAGCAGCUUCUGGAAAACUGAUUACCCUGGCUACUAGUUAAAGUUGAUGCACAUGUAGAUCAUAGAUAUCAUUUGACAAUAGCAUUGAUUGUUGAACUUCCUACUGCCUUGCAAAAGAAUUGUGGCUUGCAGAUCGUUGCCUGUCAAGGGAGAUUUCUCAGAUUUGAAUGCUAAGUUUCCAAUGUCUACAAUAUCAUGUUACAUUGGACUGCCUUCCAUUCAUUUUAACCAGUAGCAUCUCAAUCUUUAGUUGCCUGUAUGUCUGGUGUGAUAGUAUGAUUCGUGUAAAUGGAACCUGGUACACAUGCUCAGUCUGAUCAAAUGUGAAAUGGCUUCCAUGAUACUUAUAUCA